CCUUAGAAGUCAGAAAGACCUGGGUUUGUCCCUGGCUACUGUGUUCUCACCAAAGAGCAUUUAUUCCCAUUGGGAAUGAGGAAAUUAAAAUGACUCUCCCCUGUGUCCUCAGGAAGCUUACAGUUCCUGGUCUGGGCAGGCACUGUCCUGGGUGCUGGCGAAAGAAAACACCCGCUGCUACUUUGCAAACUUCCCCCUGAAGUCAGAGGACCUGGGUUCAAAUUCUCACCUUUAGUGCUUACCCAUGCAACCUGGGGCAGUUACUUUCACUUCCCUGGGCCUCAGUUUCCUCUUCUGUGAAAUGGGGGGAUUGGGCUCCAUGGCCUCUCAAGAAGCCUUCCAGCUGUAGACCUAUCAGGCCAUGACUUGGCUCGAAAGUCCAGUCCUAGGUCCUUUGAGCUCUGUUGGCUGCCCCAACGGUCCCAUAUGGCAGGGACUGCUGGCUCUGUUUGGUUCUGAAGGACCUGAGGCUCAGAGAAGAGGUGACUUGCCCAAGGUCACAGGGAUAGGAAUUCCAGGGUAGGUCUUCCAGACUCCAGGUCCCCUGCUCCACUUGGUCCUGCCCUCCAGAAACUCAGGGCUUAGAUGGGGAGCUUGGGACAUAUACCCAACCUCCCUUUCCUCAGUCCUAAAUGAUGCCAUUACAGAUGGUGAGUGAAGCUGUCAGUUCAGGGAGAGGAGUGAGCAGUGUGGGCUGGGGUUAGUCAGGAAGGCUUCCUGGAGGGGGAGGCAGAGGUGGGAAUGAGUGUGCUGUGAUAUGUUCUGGGGACAGUGAGAAAGCCAUGCUGAGUGAAGGACUCAGAGGCUGUGAGAAGUCUGGUGAGGAAAGAAACCCAGAAACCCAGAAAUCCUGGUCGGAUGGGACCAGACAGGCUGUGGAAAGCAGGCAAGAGAAUGUGAACUCAAUGCAGCGAAUUAUGGGGAGUCACUGAGUGAUCCAAAGCUGGAUGAAGAUGAGACGUCAUAAACUCUUUCUGACUCUGUGUAUGGCUGGCCUCUGCCUCAUCUCCUUCCUGCACUUCCUUAAAGCCUUGUCCUAUGUCACCUUCCCCCGGGAACUGGCCUCCCUCAGCCCCAACCUGGUAGCCAACUUCUUGUGGAACAAUGCCCCUAUCACACCUCAAGCCAGCCCAGAGCCUGGGGGAGCUGUCGGUCCUGAGCUGCUCAGAACUCCUCUCUAUUCCCACUCACCCCUACUGCAGCCCCUGCCCCCGAUGGGGGCCACUGAAGAACUCCACCGGUUGGAAUUUGUGCUGCCUGAGGACAGGACAGAGUAUUUUGUCCGCACCAAAGCUGGCGGGGUCUGCUUCAAGCCAGGUACCAAGAUGUUGGAGAAGCCCACAGCAGGACAGCCAGAGGAGACAGUUGAGGCUGGAGACAGCUCUGUCUCUGGGGGUUCAGCCCGACGCCCACUGGCAGUUGGAAACUGGCUGACUAGGGGGAAGGGGAUGAAACGGCGGAAGUGGGUGGAAUGUGUGUGUCUGCCCGGCUGGCACGGGCCAAGCUGUGGGGUACCCACCGUGGUGCAGUACUCAAACCUGCCCACCAAGGAGCGCCUGGUGCCCCGGGAGACCCCACGGCGGGUCAUCAACGCCAUCAACGUCAACCAUGAGUUUGACCUGCUGGAUGUGCGGUUCCACGAGCUGGGGGAUGUGGUCGACGCCUUUGUGGUCUGCGAGUCCAACUUCACUGCCUAUGGAGAACCGAGGCCUCUCAAGUUCCGAGAGAUGCUCCGGAACGGUAGCUACGAGUACAUCCGCCACAAGGUGCUCUACGUCUUCUUGGACCACUUCCCACCAGGGGGCCGCCAAGACGGAUGGAUCGCCGACGACUAUCUUCGGACCUUCCUGACACAGGAUGGCAUAUCCCGCCUGCGCAACCUUCGCCCGGACGACGUCUUCAUCAUCGACGAUGCCGACGAGAUUCCUGCCCGGGACGGCGUCCUCUUCCUCAAGCUCUAUGACGGCUGGACCGAGCCCUUUGCUUUCCACAUGCGCAAAUCGCUCUACGGUUUCUUUUGGAAGCAGCCUGGCACCCUGGAAGUGGUGUCGGGCUGCACAAUAGACAUGCUGCUGACCGUCUAUGGCACAGACGGGAUCCUCCUGCGAAGGCGGCAGUACUACACUAUGCCAGGCUUCCGUCAGUACGAGAACCGCACGGGCCACAUCCUGGUGCAGUGGUCCUUGGGCAGCCCACUCCACUUCGCAGGCUGGCAUUGCUCCUGGUGUUUCACCCCUGAGGGCAUUUACUUCAAGAUGGUGUCGGCCCAGAACGGCGACUUCCCCCGCUGGGGUGACUAUGAAGACAAGCGGGACCUCAACUACAUAAGGGAGCUGAUCCGCACAGGGGGCUGGUUUGACGGCACUCGGCAAGUAUACCCUCCCGCCGACCCCAGCGAACACAUGUAUGCCCCCAAGUACCUGCUGAGGAACUACCCACGAUUCCACUACCUGCUGGACAAUCCCUAUCGUCAAACUGAGGGAACAGUGGGUGCAAAGGACAGCGUGAGGGGCGUUGAUGGUGGUGGGCCUGGGCCCGAGGGAGCCGCAGCCAGGGCAGCACAGGCAGGGGAAAUCUGAUGACAACACAAGGCUGCAUGAUUUUCACUGGGGGGGAGGGCUGGGGAAGGGAAGGGGGAGGGCACUAGGGUGGUGCAGCGGGCUUCCGGGCCUAAUUGCUCUCAUCCUCUCUCCCUUCUCAAAGAGGGAGCCCCGCAUGAUCAGAACUUAGGAAGAGGGGCAGGGGGUGAGGGGACCUCAGACCCCCAGGAUGUCCCCAGUACCAACCCCAGGAGGAGCUUUUCAUUUCUUUUUCUGUCUUGCACAUAGAGCUUUUCCCUGGGGGAUGGAGGGGAGUAGAUUUUCCUAUUUGUAGCUCUAUGCCCUCAGCCUGCAACCCCAUUUUGUGGUCAUGGCAAGGCAGGUGUAGGGACCACACAGGGAGAGAAGAAGGGGCUGGGUACUGGGUGAUGGAUGGGCAGGAAGGGAAAUGGGUAUGGAGGUGGGCAGCUGACCUGAGGUGGCUUUUUACACCCACAGUGAUGGUAAAUGGUUCUUUAAUCACUUAUCAGUUUCUCCCUGGGAAACCCAAUUUGGGCUGAGGUCAAUAAGUGGUAGAAGGAAAGACCAGCUGCUCUAGAAAAACUGUGGGGACCAGGGAAGGGAGGGGGACUUGGGCUAGGGAUAUGAAGGGGUGUGGGGUGGAGGGUGGGCAAGAUGUAUCAUUCCACUAGAAAUUAACAGGGAAAAAGGAGCUCCAGUCCAGUGACCACUUCACAGACCAUCUAUCCCACUCUAGAUGCCAAAGGUAUGGUGGGCAGGGAUAUGUGGAACUGCAGGGGAGAGGAGACCGAGCCCAGGGCUCUUUCCUCAUCCCUAGGGCCUGUUGGAGAGAUCUCGGGAAUUCCCCAUCUCCUGGACCACAACCCUGUUGUGGCCUUUUAUUCUUAUUUAUUCUGUGGUCCAAUGUGGGAUGAGCUUGGGAACAGAUGGAGUGGUCCUUGGGAAAUGGAGGGAAUCCAAUCCCCCUCCCCCAUCUGUUUCUUGGAGAACUGCACUGGGUCAGAUAGGAACUGAGAGCAGGGUGUUGGGCCAGAUGUAGCAAGAUCCCCCUUUAAUCUUGGGGGAAAUUCCUUUCCCUUUAAUCUGGGGAGGGCCAGGCAAAGACACUAGCCAAUAUACAGUAGUGUCUCCCCACAACAUCAUUCUAGGACCAGAGCCUUUUCGAGAGAGUGGACGGUAGGAAGCUGCUUCCCUCAUUUUCUGUCCCCCUCUCCCCCUUCCCCCCCCCCCGCCCCGCCCAACCAAGCCUGUUAACCUGUGAAAACCUGCUGUCCACUUUACCAGAACUCAGGACAGUUCUGGUCCCCCAACUCUGUGGAGUCUGGCCAGUCCCCUUCUUGGGACCUCCAUUUCCUCAUCUGCUAAAUGAGGGGGUUGAACAAACCCCUUCCAGUCCUGGCAUGCCACGCAUCUGCCAUCCUGCUAUUAGGUGGAGGCUGGGACUCCCUAUACCUGAAGGGCCAUCAUAUGGAAGACAUUUCACUUAGGCUGCUUGGUCCCUGGGGACAGGACAAGGAGCAGCAAAGGGAAGUGGCAAAGAGACAGCUUUAGGCUUCCCAGACUGAGAACUGAAAGGGGCCUCACAGACCCACUUGUCCGGGACCCCUGGGCUGGCCGUCAGUCUGGAGCCGCUGAUGGACCCUUCCCAGAACCAUGUUGUUAAAUGCAUACAAUAAACGACUGAGGACUUCGGAGGAAACUCGUUCUAUGGACAUGCUAUUACCAAAAUAUCUUUUUUUUUUUAAAGUUCAUGGUCCCCGAGCUUAAGAACCUCCCAACCCAACUGUUCUCAUUUGGCAGACGGAAAAAAUGGGGACUCAGCUACCUUGAGUAACUUUCCAAGGCCCCCCAGGACGUUAGCGGCAGACCUGGGAUGUGAGCUCAGGGUCUCCGCCUCCAGAUGCUGUGCUCUUUCCACCCUAGCCUCAGGCUUCACAAUUAGAAUUAGCCCCUAUCACACUGCCUCCCUUUCCAAGCAAACGCUGGAUGACCACUCAGCCAGUACGUUGCAAGAGAGACUCUUCUGUAGUAAUGGGCUGCUCUAGGUGGCCAGGGGGCGUCCCACGAGGCUCAGAACUUGUGAUUCUAGGUCUCCCUCCUGCCUCAUGAGGUUCCCAUUCGUCCUCUUCUUUUCAUACCAGCCCCCACCCCAGCUCUCACCCUUAGAUCAGAAGGUGGCCCUUUGGGGAAAUCCAUCCCCGAAGUUCAUUCUCUUUGAGGCUAGGAAUUGUGGGGGAUAGAGGAGAAUGGAGCACAUCUUCAGGAUUUUGGAUUUCUAGCCCCCACGGGUGGUAGGGGAAGGAGAGGAGAUGUAAGGUGGGAGGCUCUGGGCUGGGGAAGUGAGGAAAGAACCUUCCCUCUCAUCUAGAUUCCUUUCAUUCUCAGCAUUCAAGCCCAGUCUCCAACCCAAGCUUGCCAGCUGGGACUAAAUCACUCUCCUAGGGAGGAGAGCCUGGGAAAGUGUCUUCUCCAUUUGGGAGAUAAAGAUCCUCCUUUCUCCUCCCUCCCCCUGUGCUAACCCCACCCCCACCCCAGCCAGUUUGUGUGUUGUGUGUGUGAGUAGAUGCCAGUGAGCAUACACCAGCUCUGCUCACAGGAAGCCCUCCCGCUCCAUGAAUGUGUCUGAAUAUGCAUGUGUGUGUGUGUGUGUGUGUGUGUGUGUGUGUGUGUGUGUGAUUCUAGAUUUAGAGCCGGAAAAGACCUCCCUGGUCACAGAGCCCAUCCCCCUUAAGUUGUGGAGAACACACCCGCAUUUCAAUGGGGUGUGCCGAUCACUUACAUUUUCUGAUUUGAUCCUCACAACAACCCUUCGAGGUAGGUGCUAUUAUCCUCAUUUUAAAGAUGAGGAAACUGAGGCAGCUAGGGGUUCAGCACCUUGCCCAAAGUCCACAGUAUAUGAGUCAGGAUUUGAACUUGGGUCUUCUGACAUCAAGUCUGGCACACUCUCCAUUAUUGCACUUGGUCUUGCCACACUCAGGCGUUGGGUGGGUGUGUAUAGGAGAGCUCUGUGUGUGUCCCCAAAUAGGCUGGUCUAGUAGAUCUGUCACCUUGGGGUGUUGCCUUGGGCUUCAGUUUCCUCAGGGUAGACACAGAUCAAUCCACCAACAAGCAUUCAUUCAGCUCUCCUCAGUGCCAGGGAUCCAAAUGGUCCUUUCCCUCCGCCCAGAGCUUACAUUCUAUAGAUUCUAUGGUAACAGAAAGGAGUCCUGUGACAUCCUGUGAGAAAAUGAGCAGAGGAGCUUUUGUCCCAGCCUCUCUCGCUUGGUUCCUUCAGCUCAGGGCCUCCCCCCUCUCCUUGUGGCUUCCCUCCCCUUCCCCACAGGCUCUGCUCCCCAGGACCCAGCCAGACACAAGGAGGGCAAACCUUUCCCCUCUUUCACCUUCCAGCUCCAAAUUUAGGAUAUGGCUCUUCCCUUCUCCCCACUUGUCCUGUGCUCCUCCCUUCCUGUCCCCCAGCCCUGCAGCUGAGACCUGACUUUGGACUAAGGUUUGGCUGGAGGACUCAUGCCCCCUACCUGGGAGAGCAGCAUGGGGCCAGGGUACAGGCUGAAUCCUAGCUUUGCCCCUUCUAGCCUGUGUGACUUUGGGCAAGUCACCGAACCUCUCUGGGCCUCAGGUUAGUUUUCUGUAAAAUAAGGGUUGGAAGAGCUGGCCGGUUCAACCACAUGGUGUGGGGGGUGGGGGGGUUUGGGUUGCUCUCCAGGCCUCUAAUCAUUGCCCCUCCCUCCCUGUACUCUGUCCCCCUCAGUGUCCGUGGUAGAUCCUGGAUGAGGAUAGAACCGGUACCUUGGCCUCCAGAAUCUGAGCCCUGAGACCACAUGGGCCAUGGAAGGAAGGGGUGGGGGGGAAUUCUUCUUCUGUGUUUUACACACACACACACACACACACACACACACACACACACACACACACACACACACACACACGGGUGUGGCCAGCUCCUGUCCCUGAGAAGGGGGCAUUGCUCAUUUAGUGGCAUGAGGUCAACCAUGCUGGCUGGAGAACAAAUAAAACGUUUCCUCUGUGGCCGGGCUCUGGCCAUCUGGAGACAACGGACAAAGGCUGUCCUCAGUCAGCUUCCAUUUGAAAUUUCAUUUCCCAUCCAAGGGGAUUAGACUAGGUGACCUCAAAACUAGGCCUGUGGGGACACUGCCCCCAUGCUGGCAUGAGCCUAGCCCCCUCCCAGUUUUAUACUCCCAGUCCCCUGCUGCGGGUCACUCCCAGCCUAUACCCACAACUGCUACAGGGGGAGAGAUUGAGCCCUGUGGAGAAGGAUCCUGACUUUAAAAUACACUGGUUAGAGGGGCUCUCCCUGCCCCCUGGGCUUCUUUUGGGAGCUCCCCCAUCUCCCUUCCUAGAGAUGGGAACUCUGAGGGGAGAGAAGAGGUGAUGGGAGUGGGGAUGGGGGUGGGGGUGGGAUGGAGAUUCACAUGAAAUAUGCAUACACUGAGCACUGGGGGAAGAGGAUUCCUUCUCCUGACCCCCAGAUAAUCUGAAGAGAAAUCACACUGUUUCAUGGAAGCCACUGGGCCCUCCCCAAUCCCCAGUGACUUGCUCAAUCCCCUUCUGUCCUGAUGGGACCCCAGGGGUGGUGGGAGGUGGAGAGGGAGCUGAGCCCUGGAAACCAAGACCAAUAAUAAUGACGGCGGUGGGGGUGAUGGUAAUAAUAGUAAUAUUUUUUUGUAAGGAUGAAUCCAAAUGUACACUCCGAAAUCAUUUUCUCUGUAAAUGGUUGGAUUUCAUUUCACCCUUAAAGGGAUGCUUAAAGGAGAAGAUAAUAUUAAUAAUAAAAAACCCCAGAGCUACAAGGCCUGGAAAG